GAAUUGAAUAAAUUUUGAUAUGACAAGACGUGACUUGACUUAAACACGACACCUCCAAUUGCUAACCCAAGUUAGUGUGAAGAUCGAAGAAUGUACAACUGGAUAACUCCUCUCAAUCUUGAUAAGACAUUCGAAUUGUCAACUAAUGCUCUCUCUUUCUCUCUCUCUCUUGAAUUGCAUGUUAAAUCAGCAACCCCUUCCAGAUGGCUGCAAGAAGAAACGUCAUCACCCAAUACUUGCAGCAAUUUUGUUACUGCCCUCCAAAAUGGGUAUCAUCUCAGUUGAAAUCUACUCAUCAUGGCUGCUGCUUCACAUAAAAAAUAAUUGCUUAGUCCCUCUACAAAUCAUAGCUCAAUCGAACUAUUCAUAUCAAAAUAUCAGUAUCCACCUUCAUUGACAUUCAAGAGACAUCUCUCCCUCUCUCAAAACACCUUCAUAAAAGUAUGAAAAGUGUUCUUUUAUUAAUUUAUGAUGUUGCUCCUUGAACACAGUAUCAUUUGGCACUUGCAAUUUCACCAACAUGGUCUUCAAGAGAAGCAUGUUCUUCUCCCUAUUGCAACAUUUGGUUAUAAUCUCUGGACAUGCCCUUUUGGGUUAUCAGCAGCACCACCACCACCAUCUUCAUCACUCUUUGCAGGCCGAUAAAGAGGCACUACUGGCAUUCAAAAGGACCAUAUCAUCUGACCCAUAUGGUACACUUGCUAACUGGAACGAGACCACCAAUGUGUGCAACUUCACUGGAGUCAAUUGCAACAAACAGAUUCAUCGUGUGGUACAACUCCGCCUCAAUGAGACUGGUCUUGUAGGAUUGCUUUCACCCUUCAUUUCAAAUCUCACCCGUCUUCGAGUGUUAGAGCUUGUCAACAACCACUUGUUUGGCGUCAUUCCACCUGAAUUCUCCUCCCUCCGGCACCUUCUUCAUCUCAAGCUCGAUGGCAAUAACUUGCAAGGCCCAAUACCAGGUUCCUUAUUCUUUCUUACAAACCUUACUGUACUUACUCUUAUGGCAAACAACUUGACUGGUACAAUUCCAGCUUCCUUUUUCUCCAACUGCACUUUAUUCAAUAUAGACCUCUCCCAAAACUCAUUCACGGGAAAGAUUCCAGCAGAAAUUGGAAAUUGUCCAAACUUAUGGAACCUCAAUUUGUAUAAUAACCAAUUCACCGGGGACAUCCCUGCAUCUCUAAUCAAUGCUUCACACAUGUAUAAUCUGGAUUUGGAGCACAACCAUCUUUCUGGUGAAUUGCCCUCGGAGACAGUAGCAUCACUAGAUGAACUUGGCUAUCUUCAUCUGUCAUUCAAUAAUAUGACUAGUCAUGAUCACAACACUAAUCUUGAUCCUUUCUUUACCGCCCUCUUAAACUGCACAAGUCUGGAGGAGCUCGAAUUGGCAGGCAUGAGUCUUGGAGGAAGGUUGCCUAGUUCAAUUGGACAACUAAGUGUUAAUCUGACAACUAUGUUACUGCAAGAAAACCAGAUAUUUGGAUCAAUUCCUCCAGGAUUUGCAAAUCUUUCCAGUCUUUUGACGUUGAAUUUGUCAUUCAACCUUCUGAAUGGUGCGAUCGCAUCAGAAAUCAGUCAGUUGCCACUCUUGCAACAGUUUUGUUUAUCAAACAACUUUUUCACCAGCGAGAUUCCGGCAGCACUUGGAAAGUUUCCUCAUUUGGGUCUCCUUGAUCUAUCACACAACAAAUUCUCCGGUAAUAUCCCUAAUAGUUUAGGAAAUUUGGUCAAGGUGAAUUAUCUGUUCCUCAAUAACAACCUCCUUUCAGGUGUUAUACCAUCAAGUUUAGGAAAGUGUACUGAUCUGAAUAUGCUAGACUUGUCCUAUAACAGAUUGACAGGGAGAAUUCCUUCAGCAAUAUCAAGUCUACGAGAGAUACGGAUAUUUUUAAAUUUUUCACAUAAUGAUCUCCAAGGGCUCUUGCCAAUAGAGCUCAGUAAGCUGGAAAAUGUCCAAGAGAUGGAUCUUUCCUGGAAUAACCUCACUGGAAGUAUCUUCUCUAAAAUUUCAAGUUGUAUCGCCUUGACGAAGCUAGACUUAUCGCACAAUUCUCUUCAAGGACAGCUUCCAGAAUCUUUAGGUGAUCUCAAGAACCUUGAAACCUUCGAUGUUUCUAGUAACUCCUUAUCUGGGAUGAUCCCAACAAGCAUAAAUAAACUUAAUCUCACCUUUCUAAAUCUUUCGUCCAAUAACUUUGCUGGCAUGAUUCCCUCUGGUGGUGUCAUUAACUCUUUCACAAAUCUAUCAUUCUUGGGCAACCGAAAUCUUUGUGGGUCAGUUAUUGAUAUCAUUUGUCAAAAAACACAAAAGAAAUUUAAUACACAUUUGUUCUUGAUCAUAUUUUGUACUGUCAUAUCUGUGUCAUCAUUCUCUUCAACAGUCUGUUAUCUGAUUGGAUGCCGGCGCUUAAAAGUAAUAAUUCCCUCUGGUAAGACUGAAACAGAAAGGAAAUUACCACCAGAGUUGAUUCACAAUUUCCCUAGGAUAACAUAUAAAGAACUUUCGGAGGCCACUGAAGGAUUUGAUGAUCAGAGACUGGUUGGGUCGGGCAGUUAUGGACGUGUCUACAAGGGAGUUCUUCAAGAUGGAACGCCAAUAGCAGUCAAGGUGCUGCAAUUGAAAACUGGCAAUUCUAUGAAAAGUUUUAAUAGAGAAUGCCAAGUAUUAAAGAGGAUUCGUCACAGGAACCUGAUAAGGAUUAUAACUGCUUGUAGUUUACCUGAUUUCAAGGCCCUUGUUCUUCCUUACAUGGCAAAUGGGAGCUUGGAUAGCCGUCUCUACCCACACCCAGCCACAGGUCUGGGUUCAGGUUCUUCAGACUUAAGCCUGAUCCAGAGGGUUAACAUUUGCCAUGAUAUCGCUGAAGGGAUGGCUUAUCUACAUCACUACUCUCCGGUUAAAGUCAUCCAUUGUGAUCUAAAGCCAAGCAAUGUUCUUCUCAACGAUGAUCUGACGGCUUUAGUGUCUGAUUUUGGGAUUUCGAGGUUAGUUAUGACAGUUGGAGCAGGAAAUGCAGGGGUAAUUGAGAAUAUGGGGAACUCCACCGCAAAUAUGUUGUGUGGAUCCAUUGGAUACAUUGCACCAGAGUAUGGGUUUGGAUCAAUCACAUCUACAAAGGGAGAUGUUUACAGCUUUGGUAUUCUAGUUCUUGAGAUGGUGACAAGGAAGAGACCAACAGAUGACAUGUUUGUUGGAGAGCUAAGCCUGCACAAAUGGGUCAAGAGUUACUACCAUAGGCAGAUGGAAAAGUUAGUAGACUCUUCAUUGAUGAGAGCUCUGAGAGAUCAGCCCCCUGAAGUGAAGAAAAUGUGGGAAGUUGCGAUUGGGGAACUAAUUGAGUUGGGUAUUCUUUGCACACAGGAGUCCCCCUCUACAAGGCCAACAAUGCUUGAUGCUGCAGAUGACUUGGAUCGCCUCAAGAGAUACCUAAGUGGGGACACUACUGCAACAUUUGCCUCCUCUCUUGGAAUAUCAUCUUCUACUCUAGGUGAUGACUAGUGGUGGGCACUUAUUGAAUUCGCUGUACAUAUAUUUAAUUGUUUUGAAUAAGCUACUGCUCCAUUGCCU